AUGACGAUGUUUUCUUCAUCUCUUAUCUUCUUCCUCUUCGCAAUCAUCGCAGUAACGGACCAUGCGAAUGCAUCUGCCGUUCACGUGGCUCCGCAGACGAAGCCAAAAAAUCUGCGUCAAAGUACUCUAGGCCGAACCGUUCCUCGUGGUGGGAAUAUGGAUGUAGGCUCCAAGCUCUUUAGACGUAUGCACGAGACCGAUCAGAUGCCAAGCCUAUUCAGUAAUUCGGAAUUGGAGUACGAUAAAUAUUCAGCUUGCUUGGCUGCGACAGAAGGUCUUAGACGUAUCCGAGAUCGUAGUCUCGCCGCUGAAGUACAGGCCGCUGGAGGUACGGGGACCGACAUGAAAGAAGCCGAAAAGCACAUCAACGCGCAGUAUGUACAAAACUCCGGACGAGUGCUGCGGGCACUGGGCAUGACGGUUGCUGAGUUUAAUGCUCUUGGACGGCAAAUUUCGCAGGACGAGCAAUUGAAGGAGAAAGUAAUGGAGCAAGCGUACCUGUACCGCAUGGCUGCAACCAUUAAUAUGGAUCGGGCAAACUUGAUUGAAGAUCCGGCUUCGGCAGAACUUCUUCAAGCAUUUCGUAAAGAUAAGCUUCACCUGUUCUGCGAAAGCAUGUCUGAGAUUGAGCAAUUGAGAUCGGACCAAAUAGAGAGACUAAAGCGGUCUCUCCAUGUGGACAAGUUCCCAGCAAACGUGAACAUCAGCGAUCCUGGGUUGUUGCCAUUUCUGAGUCCAAAGGUACGGGCGGUUGUUGAAGCCUUCCCGUUACAAGCGGAAGACAUUGUCAAGAAGCAUGGCCUGCAGUCGGACGAAUUUAACCAAAUGCUCCAGGCCACGCAUUCAAAUCCCAUCUUUCGUUGGAAGAUUCAGAAGGAAAUUCGAAAAGGAAAAGAGCCUGCAGAGGCUAGCUAAGAGGAACCCAACACUUUCCGAAGGAAAGCAUCUUUUGUCACAAAUAACAUAUUAUCGCGUCAAAGCUUGCUACCUUCU